AGGCUGUGGAAACAACCAUUUUCGUUAUGUUUCGAAAGCGUCAUCCGAGUGGUCACAGAACACCUAUCAGUUUGUGGUGGUAGUGUAUAAGUGUUCUGUGGUCAUCCAUGAAAUCAUUGUUUCCUUCAUGGUGGCAUCAUAUUUGUAACAAGUUCACCGUAGUCGUUUAUUGUAGUAUGCUAGAAUAAUAUAAUGAAAUGGGAGGUUAUGAUGGUAAACCAUAGCCGCCUCUAAGCGGCUAUGCAUUUCCACGCAUGAUUCUAAUCGAGACUGACAGUUCCGCACGUCCCAGGUCGUGGACAGUGCUACCGAUGCAUCGGUGGCAUGUAUUGCAACGUUCCCAAAGGUUCAACAACAAAGGCAUUUGGUGUCCUUCCAGAGAUGGGGUUCUCGGGCCGCAUCUCUGAGGUCAACAGCAGCAACCUCCGCUGCAGAGGUGCUCCCAGCCGAAAUUCAGGCAUGGACGCAGCUCCAAGCACAACUCGCCUUCCAGAUCCACCUAUCCUCGGCAUUCCCUUUGUAUGUAAAGCUGAAUCGCCGAUUGAUGCAACGGAAGUGUAUGCUGGUGCGGUGGAGCAUGUAAACAUAAAAUCGGAACCAAUGUCUCCCCUCCAUUUUCAAGACAGCCAUGCGUUCUCCCCAUCAGAAUGCUUUGAAUCCAUUUAUCCCACCAGCGUGGCAUCUUCGAGUGCAGACUGUUGCUCAAGUUUACCAAGUACCAUUGCCGACUUUCUUGAUUUGCCAGUUGAGCCGGGUUGUCCAGCCGGUAGCCACAGUAUGCCUUCGGUGAUGCCAGUGCAAAGUUUGUCUGCUGUGAAAAGUUCACCGCCUGGAAGUCCCUGCAGAGACAUUGGAAGCAUCAACAGCGACGAUUCGCAGAACAUUGACCUUACACCCGAAGCCACUGUGUCCCGUUUGGAGCACGAACAAGACUCUGUUUCUGGUGUCGCAUUUAGGGAGACUGCAGGUGAAGGUUUACAGCAUGCCUGUACACAGCAUGCCUGUACGGGCUGUAAAGACUUAAGCAACAAGCUUAACCAUAAGCGUUUCCUCGAUAGAACGCGGUCAUUGUCAUACCGGGCGGGAAAGAUGCCAGUCAUACAAAAGGCCGAAAAAGAGAUCGCAAUGCUCGCCGCGAGAAACGCCAGCCUUCGGUUGGAGGUUGAGCAUGCUGAGCACACAAUUGCGUCCUUGAGGAGAGUGCUGCGCGAUAUCGUUUUAGCGAAGUUCCAGCACAGUGGCAUGUCGCCGAACAUUUGAAGAACAUGUAAGGUGUGCUCAUUAGUAAGUACUUAAGAGUGCAAAACUCUUCAUCCAGGCCAUAUCUGGACCAUGUGGCAAGAAAUUCAAUUAAUGAACUAGUUUACAGGACAUGUCAUGACAACUCAGUGACUAUCUGUUGUGUGACUUUGAUCUGCAUGGUUCAGAACCCUCUGAUCGUAUUGUUUGCAGCUUUAGUGCGAUACGUGAAAAUGUGGCUAGGCAAAGCACUUGCGUGUCCUGGCUGUCAUAUACACUCAUACAUCGGCAUAUUGGGCACGGACAUAAUGAAAUAUUGGUUAUAACGAAGGAAAUGAAGAAUAAUCUUGCCAUAGCUAUGGCGUUGGAAUAUACCUUCAUAACAAGCUUUUAAAUACAACUAACUUAUUCUUGUCUAAGAUGCAACUUGUUAUAAUGAAGUUUGAGUGUAUUUCAUUUCUACAUACCAUACGCCACAUUAUUGACUCUGUGUAUUAUCUUGGUCUCAACGUAGAAAAGAAAACUUUUUUUUUUGUUAGACACAACCUAUUAAAAGCCGACAGACGAUGAGGCCAAGGAGGGUACUGGAGACAUCUGUUAAGACUGCAUGAACAUCCAUAAUACCUUCUCUGGCUGUUCACUGUCUAUUGAUAUUCAUUAUUUUGCUGUCAAUGUCUCAUUCAACAUUUAUUUUCACCCUGUGCAUCUAUUUGUAUGUUCCUGUUGUAUGCAUCAACUAAAUAAGUUCGUGCACCUGAGUAUACGCUUCCAAUGUGUUUCGUGUAGCUUCAUGCAUUCUUAGUCAUCUAGAACAGUGUUUCUCAAGUGGAGGUUUGAGGGAGUCUGCGAAACCCAUCCUUGAAAAAAGGGCACCCACAUCACGUUGCACGUAGUGUUAAUUCAUGACUAGAGCUUUGUCUUUUUGGAGUUCCCUCUUCUGUCCACAAAUGGUGCCACAUACUCAAAUGACAGUGGUCACUUCAUACACCCAAAUUUAUGGCCGUUGGCCGAUUUGAGCAUUACGGGCUGCACAAGUUACCGUGGUCGCCGCGAGAGGCCACCACGUGUCUGCACGCACACUCACGGUUACACACAGAAAGUAAGCUGCCCGUUUGAAGGGAAGAAAGAAAGUGUUUGAAGUCAUAACCCGCGUGAUGCGACUUCUUUUCCUCAUGCCAUACCCCUCCCUGCUUAACUUCCAGCCCGUUCAUUGGGAUGAGAAAAGAGAGAAAGCAAUCACAGUGUGAGACACAUCUUUCAACCCGACUCGUACUCGACAGAUCAUAAAAAAAUUUUGGGGCAGUCGAUUAGUGAGGCAAGUAACUCCUUUAAUGAAGCCAUUUGAUGGUCAAUUGAAAAUGUGUUGCGGCAUCCCUUUAAAUAACACAAGCACACAAAUCAUUUGACAAGACUUUGGUGUUGGAAGAAAAUGUUUGCGUUCCAAUUUUAGUUUUAUUCCGGCGCGAGAAGUUCUCUCAUGUUUCUGUUAUGGAACGAAAAAAAAAAAAAGGGACGGUUCAGUCAUGGUGUCUAGCGUUUCUUACUUUUAUGCAAAAGCUUGAAGGUAAAGUAAUAAUAAAGAGACAGGACUUCUGGUAUAGUUGCUUGCAAAUUUGUUAAUGUUGGACUGGGGCGAAACGCACUCUUCCAACGUUCUUAAGAGGAGCACAAGUGAUUGUACCAUGACCUCCUUGCAAGUGGCGUAAAACAGUGCUCGCAUAAUUUAUAGUGCUUACUUUUCUCAAAAGAGAAUCGCAAAUUUACAGAGUUGGCUCAGUGCUUGUGUGAAGAGAGC